GCCCCCGGGGGGGAACUUCUGCACCUGGGGGUGCCCCCAUCCCAGGGGAGGCCCUCCCCCCUUCGCCCCCCGCCACUGCAGCUCUCCUCAAUCAGAGGAAUCGUUCCUUUUCCCACGCACUGAGUGCGCCCAGCCAUCGCCCACCUGCCCCACAAACCCUUCCUGGUCCCCGCAGCCCCCCCACCAUGGGAAGAGGGGCUGUGGGGGUGUCACAGGGCAAACGUUAUUUAAUUUCUGCACUAAUGGUCAGUUAGUUAAAACCCCUGCUGACCAAAGAAACCAUCGCACCGUGGGCACGGCUCAGAGCUCCCACCUCUCCCAGCUGCUCCAGGCCAUAAACCUGCAUCAGCAGCCCUAACCCCCCGCCACGUGCAGGGUCGCAACCAGCAGCCCAGGCUGCCCAGAGCCACAUCCUAUGGCCUGAAACACCUCCAGGGGUGGGGAAUCCACAGCUUCCCUGCGCAACCGGAGAGGUCAGCGCCCUGGGAGCGAGGCCAGGAGAACGUGCUGUCACAUAACCACAACAGAGGGAUGGAUGCUGGUGUCUCCGUCUUUAUAAGGACACAGAGCAGAUGCUUCAGCUCAGCUCAGCACAGCAGAGGCCCAUUUGGGUUCCCCCCUCCAAGUUACACAGCGAGGAACGACUCCGAGCUUUUGUGAGGACGGCUGCGGGCCUUCAUCCAGCUCUCACCAGAUGGGCACAGAGACCCUCCCAUGUUUUGUGACACACAGCGUGCAGCCGACGUCUCAGAAAUGCCCUGGCUACGCGCACACAGCGCCCACAGCCCUGCGGCCGCUGCUCCCCUCGGGGUGCACAAUGGGUGCAGCGACCCCCUGAGCUCCCAGCGCUGCGUUAAAGCAAUUCCUGCUUGGCAUAACCCACUGCCACGCCGCGUUACCGCUCGGAUCCCCCAGCUUCACUUCUCUCCUCCUCCCGUCUGACUGCUGGAGGGCAGAUCAUCACCCCCUGUCUGCACCCCUGCUGUGUUGCCUGCAGCACUGGUGAAGAAACUGCAAGGUUUACACUGAGUUUGCAACAUACGCUGCUCAUUUACCCCUGUAUAGCCCCGUCCGUGACCAUGGUAGGGUCACUAAUCAACAAAUAAAUCAAGAUCUUAGAAUUGUCAGGGUAAGAAUAGAUGAGAAACGAGUGCUGAAAUGCUUGAGCAGAGAUUUUGGCUAUUGGAUAAGAGUAGGUGCACGUGUCUUUUCAGAGAAUUAAGGUAAAGAAUUCAGAUGACCUGAGGCAUGACGAACGGGGACAAUGUGUUAUGGAAGGAACCAAAAGGGACGAUGAGCACGUUGUUAUCCCCCCUUUUUGCUAUGAAGUCACCCCUGAAAAAGUGUAUAAAUACGCUGUGUGUAUGUUGGGUCUGGGGACACUUGCUAGAAGUGACCCGACCCUGCUGUUGCAGCGGAGUCUGAUCUAAUAAAGCUCCGUGAUGAACAGCUGAGUUCGAGUCUCACUGCAAUCCCGUCUCUGAGUUCGAGUCCCACCUACAAGGCUGUCUCCAACAAGCACCCAGCCCUUCAGAUGCUCUGCUCCGUUUCCCGUCCCAUUGGUUGCACUCCCUGCUUCCUUCCUCCCACCCCUAUCAGAGCUUCCUCAAUGCUGGGCAGGCGGAUGGCACGGCUGCACGGCUGCCCCCAGCUCCACAGAGCCGCUUUGCUGCGGGGUUUGGCUGCGAUUCGGACCCUCGGACACACUUGGCUUUCACUUUCACCUUUAUUCCAUGAAACGUGUGAUUUUGGGUAGAAUUCCUGUCUCCUCUCCACCUCCACCACACGUCGUCAGUGGGCUCCCACCCGCACAAAUCCUUCCCCACUCCCUCCUGCUCCCUCUCCAGUGCUUUUACAUGGGAUGGAGCACACACCAACUCACCCUGUGCCGCUCCAUGACCCCACAUUCACACAGCCACCAUCUCACCAUCUCUCCGUGCCUUAUCAUUGCCCAGCCCAGUUCAGGGUGGUGGCACCGAGCCUCCAUGUCACUGCCAUCGUGGGACAGGACGUCGUGCUGCGCUGCCACUUGUCCCCUUGCAAGGAUGCUGGGAGCUCAGACAUCAGAUGGAUCCAGCACCGGUCCUCUGGCCUUGUGCACCACUACCAAAAUGGAGUGGACCUGGAGCAGAUGGCGGAAUAUAAAGGGAGGACAGAACUGCUCAGGGAUGGUCUCUCUGAUGGAAACCUGGAUCUGCGCAUCACAGCUGUGAGAUCCUCUGAUAGUGGCUCGUACAGCUGUGCUGUGCAAGAUGGUGACAAUUAUGCAGAAGCCGCGGUGGACCUGGAGGUGUCAGAUCCCUUUUCUCAAAUCGUCCAUCCCUGGAAGGUGGCUCUGGCUGUGGUCAUCACACUUCUGGUUGGGUCAUUUGCUGUCAUCAUUGUUUUUCUCUAUAGAAAGCAAGGUGAGCUGAGAGCGGAGGGGAUGGAGCACAGGGAGGUGUUGUGCAGGGACAGGGAUGGUCGGGGUGGUGCUGAGCUCUGAUCCGUGGAGGCACACGGGAGGAGGAUGGGAGAUUUUUACUGGGAUUCCCAGGGUCAUUAAAUAACAUUUGCCUUUCUUCUUGGGAACGAAGGAAGGGAAAAAGGAAGGGUGGAAAGAUAGGAACUUGGAUGGACCGUGGGGCAGGUGGAAAGGUCCAGACCCUCUGCAGACGUCCCCACAAACCAAGCUGCCCUGCUCACCACCUCUUCCUCUGCUUUGUUUUGCAGCUGCACAGAUCAAAGUGCUGAGUGAGUCCUUCCAGCCCCUUCCCCACCAAAGUCCCUUUAAUGGAGCUGAUAGAAGACUGCAGAGUGCUGGGUUUAUGUGAUGGGUUGGGACCAUGGGAUCUUUGGGGCCUUGGGAUGUGUUGUACUGUGAGAUGAACAGGGGUUAUGGGAGGAAAUGCGGUAAUUGGAUGUGUGCAUCCUGACUCAUCCAUUUGCAAAACUUUUGCCCAAUCGGUUUCUUCCUAUUGCUUUAAUUCUUUCUUGGGAUCAAAGCGGCCACUGUCCUCUUCAGAUAUCAAAAGGGUUAAGGUCGGGGGGUGGGAGCAGCCAUGGGAUGAGAAGGUGCUCCCUCUGACCAUACAUUUUCUUUGCUUCUAUUUUGCAGAGAAAAAAGACACAUUGUUGGGUAAGUGUCCUUCCUCACUCUGAGGGAAUUCGGGGUCUCCCCAAAUUGGCAUCAGCCAUGGGAUGAGCAGCUGUCCCCUCUGACCGUGCACUGCUCUGCUCUUUCUUUUCCAGCGGAUCAAGCUUUGACAGAGGGUGAGUUCUCUUUCACAAAUCAAAGUACUUAAGUUCUUCCCAUGGGAAGCGGUUCACUCUGAUCAUCAGUUGCUAUUGUGUUUGCUAUUGUGUAAAAUUCCUUCUUAAGACCAAAGUGCUCAUUGGCCACUUCCCAGAACAAGAUUUGGGGUCUGGGUUAUGGGAGUAGCCAUGGGAUGAGAAAUUGUUCCCUCCCACCAUGCAUUUCCUUUGCUUUUGUUUUGCAGAGAAAAAAGAUGCAGUGUUGGGUAAAUCUCCUUUCUCAAAGUGAGGGAAUUCAGGGUCUCCCCAUGGCAUCAGCCAUGGGAUGAGCACCUGUCCCCUCUGACCCUGCACUGCUCUGCUCUUUCUUUUCCAGCCGCUCAAGCUCUGACAGGCGGUGAGUUUUCUUCCACAUAUCAAAGUACUGAGGUUCUUCCCACGGGAAGCCGUUCUCUGUAAUCAUUUGUUCCUAUGGUGUUUGCUUCUUCCUCCAUGUCAGUAAGAUUACUUCUUAAGACCAAAGUGGCCAUUGGCCACUUACAGAAUACAAAGAUCUGUGGUCAGGGUUAUGGGUAUAGCCAUGGGAUGAGCAGCUCUCCCCUCUGACCCUGCACUGCUUUUUCUUUUACAGCACAACAAGCUGAAGCACUGGGUGAGUUUUCUUUCUCAAAUCAAAUAACUUUGGGUUCUCUCAUGGGAAGCUGUUCUCUCUGAUUAUCAAUUGCUAUUGGGAUUGCUUUUUCCUUCAGACUAGAUUUAUUCCUUCUAAGACCAAAGUGGCCAUUGGCUACUUAUAGAAUACAAAGAUCUGUGGUCAGGGUUAUGGGUAUAGCCAUGGGAUGAGCAGCUCUCCCCUCUGACCGUGCUCUGCUCUGCUUUCUUUUCCAGCACAACAAGCUGAAGCACUGAGUGAGUUUUCUUUCUCAAACCAAAUAACCUUGGGUCUUCCCAUGGGAAGCUGUUCUCUCUGAUCAUCAGUUGCUUUUGUGUUUGCUUCUUCCUCCAAGUAAGCAAAAUUGCUUCUUAAGACCAGAGGGGUCAUUGGCCACUUCCCAGAACAAAAUAUUUGGGGUCUGUGUUAUGGAAGUAGCCAUGGGAUGAGAAAUCGCCCCCUGUGACCAUGUAUUUCCUUUGCUUUUUUUUUGCAGAGAGAAAAGAUGCAGAGUUGGGUAAGUCUCCUUCCCCACCUGGAGGAAUUCAGGGUCUCCCCAAGGCAUCAGCCAUGGGAUGAGCAGCUCUCCCCUCUGACCGUGCACUGC